AUGAGCGACCCGGUGAUGGCGGCGGAUGGGCACUCAUACGAGCGGACGGCGAUCGAGCGUUGGCUCGCGACCAAGUCGACGAGUCCUCUGACAGGGGGCGAGCUCGACCACACUUGUAUCUUCCCAAACCACUCGCUGCGUCGGAUGAUCCGAGAGUGGCAGAAGGCGCAGUACACCACGUUUGUUGCUGGUUUGUUGUAA